UUGGUGAUGAGGAGCUAAGGGUAACAGAAUAACCAAGCUUGACUUUAAAAGUCACGCAUUUACGGACUGACAGGGAGCGAGGCACUUAUCAGUAUGUUUGCCGCCAAAGCCUCGUCCAGGAUUCUGGCUAACAUAGAAUACGCUAGCCGACGAUUAAUGGGGAAAAAACAGGAUGAGAAGUCACUGGUCAAAAACGAUGAACUGGACGAGGUGUAUUCGGACGAACCAGAGGAGAAAACCAAACAGAAAAUCCCAUGCACAUGCUGUCGUUGUAAUUGUGCUAAACGAUACAUGGUGGCCAUUCUCAGCAGCAUCGGCUUCGUCAUAUCAUUCGGAAUCCGAUGUAACAUGGGAGUGGCUAUAGUGACGAUGGUGAAAAAUGCCACAUCACAUAUAUCAGGAGAGAUGGAAAUAAAGCCGCCCGAGUUCAGUUGGACCCCAGAGACAAUAGGAGUUGUGGACAGCUCGUUUUUCUGGGGUUACAUUGUGACACAAAUCCCCGGGGGUUAUCUGGCUUCUAGACUGCCAGCCAACAAGUAAGCGUCUCUUAUCUUUGGUUUGGCCAUCGCCACAUCGGCCUUUCUCAACUUGUUCUUACCUGGUGCUGCCAAGGUUCAUUAUGGUUUGGUGAUGGCUGUUCGAAUUCUACAGGGCCUGGUAGAGGGUGUCACCUAUCCGGCCUGUCACGGAAUCUGGCGUCAUUGGGCCCCACCGUUGGAGCGUUCCCGGCUGGCAACGAUCUCGUUCUGCGGAUCCUAUGCGGGGGCUGUACUGGGUAUGCCUUUAUCCGGGCUCCUUACGGACUAUCUAGGCUGGCAGGCAGGAUUCUACUUUUUCGGUGGCAUGGGGCUGGCCUGGUUCACGCUGUGGUGGUGGCUGUCGUAUGAGCGCCCGGGGCUUCACCCUACCAUCACGGACGAGGAGAAAAUAUACAUCGAAACCUCUAUAGGAGAAAACACCUCUAUUAUACCCAAGAAUGUGAAAACGCCUUGGAAGAAGUUUUUCACCUCGGCACCGGUGUACGCCAUUAUCGUAGCGAACUUCUGUCGAAGCUGGACGUUCUACCUACUCAUUAUCAGCCAGCCCAUGUAUUUCCACGAGGUGUUUCAUUACGAGAUUGGAGAGAGUGGCUUCGUUUCGGCUCUGCCCCAUCUGGUCAUGGCCAUUAUUGUGCCCAUCGGCGGACAGUUGGCGGACUUUCUUCGUACUCGCCACAUUCUGACCACAACCGUUGUGAGGAAAAUAUUUAACUGUGGAGGUUUCGGUCUGGAGGCAGUGUUCCUGCUGGGCUGUGCCUUUUCCCGGGAUAAUCUGUCCGCCAUGGUCUGCCUGACGAUAGCUGUCGGUUUCAGUGGAUUCGCCAUCUCAGGUUUUAACGUUAAUCACCUUGACAUCGCUCCACGCUACGCCAGUAUUCUAAUGGGCCUGUCUAAUGGCGUCGGCACCUUAUCCGGGAUGUUGUGUCCUAUCAUCGUGGAGCUUCUAACCAAGAAUGGGACCAAUCUGGAAUGGGAGUACGUGUUUGUGAUUGCUAGUGUGAUCCAUUUUGCCGGAGUUAUAUUCUAUGCUAUCUUCGCCUCGGGGGAGAAGCAACCUUGGGCAGAACCCGAAGGAGAAGAUUCUUGGAGACCAGAGGACACCUUGAAGACGGACGAUUACGGCAAACUUCAGUCUUACGGCUCCACCAUGGCGGACCGACCUGUCUAUGAAACUAAGGAAGAACUGGUUCAGAAACAGUCUUACUUCAAGCAAGUAUCGGAAGACUCAGACGAUCAGCUUCCUUGAUCGUCUCUUAAGGCUAAACCUGUUUAAAUUUAAGACAAUAUGAGCGCUUCUGAGCGACUCCAGUGUUAAGUUAGCUGCGUUUGCCGUGGACAAGUUCGGACUCUGGGGAAAAGGUUGAGAGUUACAUAAAAUUAUGGUUAGAUCGUACUGGUGACCGAUAGUGGCCUCUAUGGUCAGGAUCGGUGGACAGGGGCCCGAGUUUACCAGACAGUCUUUCUUCUCAUCAUCUCUUUUAAGACGUGACCAUUGUGAUACCCAGAUGUUAGUUAACUGUUAUCGUGUUAUAGGGAGUGAAAAGUAGUCCGUCAGUUUGUUAUCACGUUUGGUGAAUUCGCGGAAGUUAUUUUUGCCUGGCCUUGCAAAUAGGAAAAAAUGUUCGCUUAUUGCGCAUGUCUAUUUCAACUGACCGUUAUAUGUUCAGACUAACCUGGCUGUUUUUAGCAUUCACUGAUUACAAUCGGCUGUAAGUGAAGUCGUCGCAUAGAUUACCUUUCCCCGAUUGACUGCGCUUAGAGCGAAUUGAUUUAAGGUCUUGUUUCCGAUCUAAAUUUGUGCAUUGCUGUUGUGGUAUAAAUUUGUGGAGACAAACAUAGGAUUAAGGUGUCUUCUAAAGUCCUUCAAAAUAGUGCUAGGCGCCACUAAUAUGAAUACUAAAGGACGGUGCACACUCGCACACACACACACACACCCACCCACC